CACACACACACACACACACACACACACGCACUCACACAUAUGUGCAUAGUGAACGCGGGUAAACAUUCUAACGUAUGCAUGCCAAAAUACGAUCAGAUAAACAUACAUAAAUGCAUAUUUACGCGGGCGCGCGUGCGUGUGUGUGUUGUAUAUACAAGAAAGAGGCGAUACAGGCAUUUUAAGAAAAAAAGAGAUAAACAAAUGUGGGAAACUCCAGAGGGCAUCCCGAGAAAAAGACAAACGUUGCAUCAGCGAAUUCCCUCGGGUCGCGCCGCUAACAGCUGAUCCUCCGCGCAGGAACAACAUUCACGGCUCAACAUUUAACUUAUUAACUCGAUUUAUUCAACCGGGAACAAUGGAAGCCCUCAUUCCAAUUAUAAAUAAGCUCCAAGAUGUGUUUAAUACGGUUGGUGCCGAUGCCAUACAGCUCCCUCAGAUUGUAGUGGUUGGAUCACAGAGUUCUGGAAAGAGCAGUGUGCUAGAGAGCCUGGUAGGGCGCUCCUUCCUCCCUCGGGGCACAGGCAUUGUCACGAGGAGACCGUUGGUGUUACAGUUGGUCUACACGUCUCAUGAUGACAACCAGCAUCGAUCAGCAGAGGCAGGUACCCUGGACUUGGAUGAGUGGGCCCAGUUCCUACAUGCAAGGAGUCGGAUCUAUACAGACUUUGAUGAUGUGCGCAAGGAGAUUGAACACGAGACAGACCGGGUGGCGGGCAAUGCAAAAGGCAUCUGCAGUGAGCCUAUCCGACUCAAAAUCUUCUCAGACAAGGUGGUCAACCUGACUGUGGUGGAUCUACCAGGACUGACAAAGGUGCCAGUAGGAGAGCAGCCUGAGGACAUUGAGCAACAGAUCCGGGACCUGGUCCUAUUCUACAUCGGCAACCCCAACUCCAUCAUUUUGGCUGUGUCGCCUGCAAACAUGGACAUGGCCACUUCUGAGAGCCUCAAGUUGGCCAAGGAGGUGGACCCUGAUGGCCGCAGAACACUGGCUGUUAUCACCAAGUUGGAUCUCAUGGAUGCGGGAACUGAUGCUAUUGACAUUCUGUGUGGCCGUGUCAUUCCUGUGAAAUUAGGAAUUAUUGGUGUCGUAAACCGUUCUCAACAGGAUAUCAUUGACAACAAGACCAUUAAGGAUGCCCUAAGGGAUGAAGCUGCUUUUCUUCAGCGGAAGUAUCCCACACUAGCAAACCGCAAUGGAACUCCUUAUCUUGCCAAGACCCUGAACCGCCUGCUGAUGCACCACAUUAGGGACUGUCUUCCGGAACUAAAGACACGUGUCACCAUGAUGAUGUCUCAGUUCCAGUCUCUGCUCCAUAGUUAUGGUGAUGAUGUCCAGGAUAAGGCUCAGACACUAUUGCAGAUCAUUACAAAGUUCAAUGCUGCUUACUGCCAGACCAUUGAAGGCACAGCCAGGAACAUUGAGACAACAGAGCUGUGUGGAGGUGCUCGCAUAUGCUACAUCUUUCACGAAACGUUUGGCCGCACCCUAGACAGCAUUCAUCCCCUUGCAGGACUGACGCAGAUGGACAUUUUAACAGCAAUAAGAAAUGCCACUGGCCCAAGACCCGCACUCUUUGUACCAGAGGUUUCUUUCGAACUCCUGGUGAAGAGACAAAUCCGCCGCUUGGAAGAGCCGUCCCUCCGUUGUAUUGAGUUAGUCCAUGAGGAAAUGCAGAGAAUCAUCCAGUUCUGUGGGACUGAAGUCCAACAAGAGAUGCUUCGCUUCCCAAAGCUACACGAGAAGAUAAUAGAUGUUGUUACACAGCUACUCCGCAGACGUCUUCCUCCAACAAAUUCCAUGGUGGAGAACCUAGUUGCCAUCGAACUGGCCUACAUCAACACAAAGCACCCAGACUUCCGCCCUGAUGCCUCCCUAGCCUCCACCCUUGUUUCAGAUGACGAUAAGGCACGCAACAUCCCCGUGCGACGCAUCCAUGGUAAUGCCCCCUCGACCUAUGAACACGAGCAGCCCAAGCGUGGAGAGUUGAGGCAAGUUGACAACUUUGCUAAUAGGACAAACCAACUAGACUACAUGCAGAACCCUAAGGACAUGAUGGUAGAUGGUUUCAUGGAUGCAACAAUGAGACAGAAUAUGACCCGCUUCAUGGGCGAGCAGGGUCUCCCCCGGCCUGCACUCCCCCUUGAGCCUGCUGCCUCAGCCAACAAGGACGGGGGAGCCAACAACCAGAACUGGUUCUCGUCACUCAUCGCAGGGCCGAGGGCAGAGACCUCCGCACCCAGCAAGGAGCAGUCGAGGGAGUCGUCGCCAAGUGCCACUCCUACGCAUCAGCAAUUAGCUCUCUCGGCCUUUGACACCAUCAUUAAUCCUGACCAAGGAGUAGAGGUUGGAAAGCUACCAACACCCCCUGAGGGCGGCAUCCUGUCUCCACAGAAGCCAGUCAACUUACUCCCAGAGGUCCCUAUGCAGCAGACACGCAAGCUCACCGAGAGGGAAUCAAAAGACUGUGAGGUCAUUGAACGCCUAAUCAAGACAUACUUCUACAUUGUACGAAAGAGCAUCCAGGAUAAAAUCCCCAAGGCCAUCAUGCACUUCUUGGUCAACCAUGUCAAAGACAAUCUCCAGUCCGAGCUUGUGAAGCAUUUGUAUCGCACAGAAGAGAUUGACACCUUCCUGUCAGAAUCCCCAGAGAUAGCUCAACGCAGGAAGGAAGCUGCAGAAAUGCUGAAGGCUCUUCAAAAUGCCAAUGUCAUUAUUGGGGAGAUCCGUGAGACCCAUAUGUGGUAAUGAAGACUUCAGCAACAAGUUGGACAAAAUCAGUGAAUUCAUAUGUUGUCAUUUGAUAUUGUUUUCAUGACAGGAAGCAGCGGUACUCUCAAAGGUGUCUUUACAUUGUGUAACUGUGAAUUCAUAUUUUUCUUUUCUUUUUUUUUUUUUCUUUUUCUUUAAUUUUUUUUCUAAGUUUAGGGCACACUAUGUUAUCAGUAUGUAACCAAUACUGCACACAUUGUGGGUGUGGGAUGAUUUAUUUAUUGAUUUUCAUGUUGAUAUUGUAAAAGAUUUAUAUGUAUAUAAAUAUAUGAAAAAGGAGAUCUUAGUCUGGUACCAGAUCUUUGAUUUUUGGAUAUUUGAUAAAUAAGAGAAUUCUCAAGGAGUUCUAUAUUAUUUUACAUAACAGAAUAUUUGAUACUACAGUAUAUCCCUUGUGCUGCCUUAUGCUAUUCCUGACAGUUUAAUGUGAAGAUAUCGGCAAAUCUAGGUACUUACUCUCUCUCCAUUGCUGAAAUAUUCUGGGAAUGUGCAAGAGCACGUGUGCAAGCGUAAGUGCUAGUUUUAAGACAAACCAAAAAGGCAGACAUUCCCAUGACCCUCCCACAACCCUCCCACAUGAUAGCCUGUAGACCACUGGAAAGAUAAAAUAUAUCUAGUCAACAAUAUGGCUGUAUUUAGAAGGUAACAGACAACAUAAUUUACAUUACUCUUAUUUUUGUGAUUAUUAUAGGAUAUAUUGAUUUGCAUGACACAAUCCACCCAACUUUAAAUAGACUGGAAUACAUACAUUAGCAACAGGUUAACUGCAAUUUCUUUGUUUUGUUAAUGUUUAGUAUACCCAGUGUCCACUCAAGUUGUAAACUCUGCCCAGUAUGUCCAGAAAUGCAAUUAUUGAUAGUAAGGCUGCAGAUCUUAUGUAGAUACUUUCCCUAUGUAUGUAUAUAGAUAGGUAAUUUGUAUUUUUUUUUUUUUUUUUUUCUCUCUCUCAAUCACUAACAUAAAUUUAAGACAAUUUUUUUUUUUUUUUUUUUUUUUUUUUUUGUCUUACCUUGGGUUGCCAGUUGUUCACAAAUUUACUUAAGAAACUAGAAUAAAUUUACCCAAGAAAUGAGAACAUGUUUCAGUUUAGUUGGUAAGAAACCCAAUGAUCAGGUGUUCCAGUGUUUUCAUGUAACACCGUAUUGCAAUGAUUAUAGUACUUCAUUUAUAUUUAGUAGACGGGUAUGUUGUUGGUAAGCAUGUGCCCUUUGCUGUGUCAAUAUAGUAUCUUUAAUUUAUGAAAGAAAAUUAACUUGAGUCAGCUAUGGUAUUUUAAAUGUAAAUUGUUAUAUAUUUCAGCAGAAAAGAAAAACCUUCCUAUAUGAAAGUUUUGGCCAUUUAGUUUACAUUUUGAGAACCAUACAUGGGAUGAAGAAAUUAUAAUGCCAAAAUUCUUUUUCCAAGAGCACAAAUAUUCCAAAUGCUAACUUGUGUAGAGGCAGUUCACUUAUAGAAAAUUCAGUCACUGUGAUGAAUUCCAAGAUAAGGAAUUCUAAGGAAUACUUGAUGUUUACCACACUUAGUAGGAAGGAAACACAGAUCUGAGAAGUGACUGCAAAUCCAUUCCAUGCAGAAUGAUAAUAGCACCUAUAUUCCCUUUAUGAUUUAGGAUAGGGUGAAUUAUUUAUCUUGUUGAUAAUACCUGGAUGUCUAUUUUCAGCUGUCAUUGUUAUUCAUAAUAUAGGAGAUACCAGAUAUUUUUUCUCUGUUAGUUGUGUGUGAUGAAUGUGCCAGUACAGUUUGACAUUUCCUUUGUGAUUAAUCAGGCCCGUUAGUAUUUGAUUUUUAGUUUUUUCUUCUUUUUAAUUUAUUGUAGAAUAAGUCAUUUUAAUAAUACUCGUAUAGGAUUUAGAAGGGAACAAACAUUUUGACUGAAUGAGAGUGCAUGUUGUGUGUUUAUGUGCCAUUAUUUAUACUGUGUUAUUGUAUAUCUGUUCAGUUAUGGGUUAUAUAUGAUGAUGCAAAACUAUGUACAAGUCUGUUUUUAAUUAUGAUCAGUGUAAAAUAGGGUUUAUUUUGUUCAGAACUGUAAAUAUUUGUUCCAUUUCAAUGGACGACACAAAGUGACCGAUACAUUUCAAUGCUUAGUUAGGUAAUGUGUGCUAUGUGCAGCAAGAAGCUAGUGCCCUCAUAUGAAAAGUGGUCACGGAAAAUGCAUAAGAAAGCUGAUAGCAGAAGUGCAAGGUUGUCUGUGAAGUCUGAAAUCUGCUGCUAUGAAUGAUACUUUUUAGCUUCAUCUCUUAAAACUUUUUCUUGUUACCAGUGACUUCAUUGCCUUUCUUCAUGAAAUUCCUGUUACUCUACAGCUUCAUUCUUUGUGUAAAUAUAGCUUACUAUUAUUUGUAAAAAUUAGAAAUAAAGGUGUUUGUUCACA